UGCCCGGGCCAGCUGCUCGUUAUUUGGGGCCGCGGUGGGGGGUUUUUUUGGUCUAUUCAGUAUUAUUUCGUUUGUGGAGCUGUUUACUUCGCUACGUGGAAAUCGAGUGCUCGCCGUUCAAUUAACCCCCCGUUUGAAGGUUUUAUACAUAUAUAUUUAUCCAAUCCAACGAGUGCAAGUGACCGACGUCCAAAGAGCAACGUACGGAGCUCCGACAAAGGUUUCCCGCUUUUAGUGGUCCGGUGACUUUCGCCGGAGAAGCAACUCCGUUCCAGAAAUCGAGCUCAACAAAAGGCCCCCACCCACACGAAAAGAGUGAUGAGACAAUAAAGGAACAUAAAGAAGUAAAGGAAGCUAGCGAAGAGAAGAGUGGAGCUCCUUUGUCACAUCUCUGGAAGUUUUAGUGAAGAGCGAUGACGGAAAGCGUGGAACUGAUGAACAAGUACGGCGAGCCACUCCGCUACGACCGAAACUUUACAGGACCGCGGCAGCGGGAUCGCAGCUGCACCGAUGUACCCUGUUUGCUGCUUUUCGCCCUCUUCCUGGCGGGAUGGGGCUUCAUUGCCCAAUUCGCCAUCAAGACAGGCGAUCUCAACAAGCUUUUGGUACCAACAGACUCCUUCAACCGGAAAUGUGGCAUGGAUUCCGGGGUGAUAAACAAGCAGAACCUGUUCUUUUUCGACCUGAAUCAGUGUAUUGAUCCCAUUGUACCCCUCACGGGGUGUCCCACACCGCAGGUGUGCGUGGAAACCUGUCCGAGUCAGACGUUUGUCUGGGACACGAUGAAGGACCAACUCAGCUUUGCGGAACUGCACAGUCUCCUAAUCUGUCUUUCGGAGGAGCACAAGGCUCAGAUUCGCACCAAAGAGGACAUAGGGAAUGCCAUUAAGCUGAAUCAAUGUGCUCGCUGGUACAUCAAGAGUGCACCAUUCCUCAAGCGAUGCCUCUUCGAGUUUUCGCAGGGAGUGUGUGAUUUCAUUCCGUCGUUCCUGCUGCAAGGAGGAAGAUCACGCCGGGAACUUAACCUGGUUCCAGGGAAUGCCACCUCGGAAGCACAACUGCAGGCUCAGGUCUUGGCUUUGAGCAUGGCGGAGGCCCAGCCUCUAGUUGUUCCACAGGCGAAUAACAAACAGAAGCCGGUGGAGGAGGAACCGAUCAUUCAGUGCAAACGCAGACUCAAUGAGGCCGUCAUUAAGGAGAAAAUGAUGCAGACGGACACGCGGCUAGCCAAGCUGGUGGGCAACAUGGUAGCCCACUUCUACAAUGGAACCCACGACGCCCAGCGUUUGGGGGAGGAAAUUGUUGAGGAUCUGGUCAACUCCUGGUCGAUAGUCCUGGUGGCCUGCUUCUGCACUCUUGUCGCCUCACUGAUAUAUAUAGCUCUCAUGCGCUGGCUCUCAGCUCCGAUCCUGUGGUUUUCCAUCUUUGGCGUCCUCAUCGGCCUCCUGGCAGCCAUCUACUACACCGUGGAUCGGUACAUCUUCUGGGAGAAGACUGCGACGGUGCCGAUGCACGGCUUGAACCUGCAUUCUACGGUUAAGAACGUUCUGCACAACAAGAGCACCUGGCUCUACCUGUCCAUAUUUCUUAGCGGGUGCUUCGUAGUUAUCCUGCUACUGGUGAUUGUGCUGAGGAAACGCAUCCGUAUAGCUAUUGCUCUAACAAAGGAGGGCAGCAAGGCAGUGAGCAGUGUUAUUAGCACAGUGUUCUUCCCCAUUUUCUCCUGGAUACUCUUUAUGGCCGCAAUUAUUUUUGCUAUUGGAGUAGGAUUGUAUCUGGGCUCAAUUGGAGAUAAUUCGUUUAAAAUGGUGCGUCAGUUGACAGAAAAGGGUGAAGUCACUACCGAGGACUGCGUCUGCGAUGGUGCAGCCAUCAACUAUACAGUGGGUGCAUCCUGUGAUCCGAAAGUGUUUCAGCAGAAUUGCUACACUCGUCAGACAGUGUUUUUUCAGCUAUCACAGCGGGUAGCCUGCUCACAAACCACCUGCAGUUUUGACACGAUUAUCAAUAAGCCUCUGAUUAAAUGGGCCAUCUUCUACAACGUCUUCGGCUUUCUAUGGCUGAGCUUCUUCAUCUCCGCCUUCAGCUAUAUGGUGCUGGCUUCUACGUUCGCCCGGUGGUACUGGACCUUCAAAAAGCGCGAUGUUCCGUACUUUACUCUUACUAGGGCAUUCUGUCAAACCGCUUUCUAUCACUUGGGCACUGUGGCCUUCGGAUCGCUUAUCCUUGCGAUUGUCCGACUGAUACGUCUGGUGCUGGAGUACAUCCAUGAGAAGCUGAAGAAGUAUGACAAUGCGGUGACACGGGCUAUACUGUGCUGCAUGCGAUGCUUUUUCUGGCUGCUGGAGACCUUCCUUAAGUUCCUCAAUCGGAACGCUUACAUCAUGUGCGCCAUCCACGGCAAGAAUUUCUGCAGCAGUGCCGCGGACUCGUUUAACCUGAUUAUGAGGAACUUCCUGCGUGUGGUGACGCUAGAUCAGGUCACCGACUUUUUGUUCUUUUUGUCGAAACUGCUGCUAACCGCGGGAGCGGGUGUGUCCACCUACUACUUCCUUGACAAUAAUCCGGCCAUUAUUCAGCUACAUUACAAUGAGGUGCCCACCACGGUGGUAGUAAUUGCCGCCUUUCUUAUAACUAGCGUGUUCUUCGGUGUGUACUCGACGGCCGUGGACACACUGUUCCUGUGCUUCCUGGAGGACUGCGAGCGAAACGACGGCUCGCCGGAAAAGCCGUACUUUAUGUCCAAACAGCUAAUGAAGAUCCUCGGAAAGAAGAACAACCUUCCGCCGCGCCAGCGUCGCGGGAAGUAGGAGAUUACGACAGGAAAUGGCAGUGCAAAUUAUCAGUUAUUUAUAUUAUUAUUAUAUAUAUAUAUAUAUAUAUAUGUAUUUAAUCUAACACGAAAUCAAAAGGAGUUGUGAGCGAUUGCUCAACGGGCUGCAAUAGGGUUUGCAUGCAAUGCAGACUUCUUUGCCAAUACUUUUAAUCUUUAAUUUAAUGUAUAUAAUACGCCAGUAUCCAUAUGUAAAAGUUUUUUGUGCGGCUAGACGUGCGUUAGGACAUGUGAUAGGCGCGGACCAUAAAGACCAAAAGCAAUACAAUGCAAUAAUAUGCAUAAAGAAACACAAACGAACAUAUCUCACAUUCAUAAUGCUUAGGUUAACGAUAAACAUAUAUCAGUUUGAUUAUAUUUUUUGAAUUUAAUAAAAAUGAAUUUCAUUGAA